UGUACUCCACGAGUCACUCAGCCUUUAAGUAGGUAGGGUGGGGCCAGCUGCGCGUGCGCAGUUUUCAUACUCCUCCCAAACUGCCAACUCUUCGCGCAGGCGAGUUAGGCUCGUUUUCCCUGUGUUUACGCGUGCGCCGUAACGGGCUUGCCCCGGAAGACCAGACGCCUUCGCGGCGGGGACUGUGGUGACAGUCCUCCGGGUAGGGCGCGGGCCAGUCAUGGCGGAGUCUUGGACUGGGCAGUCCUUGCAGACUCUGCCGGCCACGGUGCUGGGGGCUCUGGGCGCCCUGGGUAGCGAGUUCCUGCGGGAGUGGGAGGCGCAGGACAUGCGUGUGACCCUCUUCAAGCUGCUGUUGCUGUGGUUGGUGUUAAGUCUCCUGGGCAUCCAGCUGGCUUGGGGGUUCUACGGGAGCACGGUGACCGGGCUGUAUCACCGCCCAGGUCUGGGCGGCCAGAACGGAUCUACACCUGAUGGCUCCACGCAUUUCCCUUCGUGGGAAACAGCUGCAAAUGAACCUCUCAAAACCCACAGAGAAUAAGGGAAGGCAGCAGAGGGGUCUCCAUGGAGAUCAUCGGGUCUGCUGGCUCCCACACUGGGUUCUGCUGCUGCCCAGACCCCAGGGAUGACUGGGUCAGGGUUGGGAGGCAGGGAGUACCCCAGUACUUGUGUGGUUGGGCCUCCUCUGCCCUUGCCCUUUCCUCCAGCAGCUCCAGGCAUUGGGCCAGUAAAGUGUUUGCCUCUACCCUGAUCUGGGUGCCUUAAGGAGAGAAUGCUGCUCCUCCUCUCUCAGGGGUCAGUUUAGGAGAAGCCUCUGGGAAGGCCAGCAGUCCAUUUUCUGUCUUGGCUUUUUCCUGUCCCUCUUCUCAUCCCCCUGGGAUGUGACCUGAUAGAGAUUUACCCCUCUGGGAGGAAGCCUGAGGUUGACUGGCUCUGGGAUUUGUAAGGGAAGUCCAUUUCCCUAUAAGCCCUAGGUUUUCUGAGUUUGGUUUUGCUGUUGUUGGCAGGGAGCCAGGAAUCUUGGCCUGGACAUAGCCUUAUACUCUGUGGUUACUUACUUGGCCAGUCAGGUAUAAGACAGUGGGCAGCUGGCACCAUCCAGACACGGAGGCACCAAACACCCACCUUCCUGGCCCAUCCAGAGCUCUCCAGGUGUGAGCCAGAUUAUAGAACUUACCUUAUCCUGAGCAUCAUACUCAUAUUCCUCUCAGUUCUUCUUGGAGGGAAACUGGAUACCUGAGAGGCUGAGCCCAGGGGUGACUUCCCACCUCCACCCCCACCACUUAAGUGCCCAUGGGGUUGUGGGUCUGUACCCUGCCCCCUCAGAGAUUCUAGGCAGUUCCGUGCAGGGCAGCCCCACCCUGCCCUGCAGCCUCAUCACUUCCCAUCUUGACCUGGAACCCCAGGAGCUUCACCCCAACAGCCCAGGGACUCAGCUCCUCCCCACCAGCACCAUCUGCACCCUUGAGUGGAGAGCCGCAGGCUAGGCAGGUGUGCCACUUCCCAAAGGAUGGAUGGCAAAUGCCGGUUCCUGAAGGCAGUGCGGCCCUAGAUCUGUCUCCCUCCUUGUACUUCCGCCUGCUUCUCUGUUCGAUGUCACAUUUCUAUCUGGCAGCCUUUGCCUAGAUUGUCUGCAGCAGAGGCGCGCUGGAAGUAGGACUGCACUGAACCCUUGCACAGGCACUUACUGCAGAGAUACCGUCUGGCUGGCAGGAUGACAGUUUUACUGCCCAGGUCCACCCACUGACAUCACCACCACACAGAGUCAGGGUCUCCUGUUCCUCCCCAGGCUCAACUGAGGAUGUGGCUUAUUAAAGAUGGAAGUACA